AUGCCUAGUGCCUCGUUUUCCUCCUCGCGUUCUUACGUACGUAGAUCGCGGAGAAAAGGCGGACAUCGGAUACCCCUACCUUCUAGGACACAAUCGAGUGAGCCAUGUGAAUCAGUCCCUUGCCCCAACAACGUGACGGGCAGCGCGAUGGCGGCGACGGCGGCAUGCGCGGGUGCGAGCGGCAGCGGAGGUGGUGGCGCCCCGCCCGUGCCCGCGGCCGCUGCAGCCAGCACCCCGGGCCACCACAGUCCUUACGACCUGCGCCGCAAGUCGCCGCCAGCCUACCACGAGCCCGGACCCUCGGGCACUUGCUCUCUACCCGCUAGGAAGAGGCCGAGAACAUCUCUAUCUCAAGGAGUGGAUGUGUGCAAUGUAUCACAGUACUUGCAGUAUGAGUUGCCAGAUGAAGUGUUGCUGUGCAUUCUCUCACACCUCACAGAGCGGGACCUAUGUCGUGUCGCUCAAGUCUGCAAACGGUUCAACACGAUCGCCAAUGAUACUGAACUAUGGAAAAGUUUAUACCAGUCGGUGUUUGAAUACGACAUGCCACUCAUGCACCCCGCGCCGUGUCAGUUUGAGUUCGUAGCACCCGACGAAUGCGAUGCGGACAACCCUUGGAAGGAAAGCUUUAGGCAGCUCUACUACGGCAUUCACGUGCGACCUAACUAUCGCCCCAAGAAAGACUCUCGUAUUAAGCACUUUAACACAAUCAGGGCCGGGUUGGAGUAUGUGGAGGAGCGUAGCGGGGGGUCCAGCGCGAGCUCCAGCAGCGCGGGUAGUGCGGCCGGCAGUGUCUGCAGCACCAGCAGCGCUGUCUGUGUCUGCGGCACCACGCCCGCCGCGCCCUGCGCCUGCCGCCGCCCCACGCCGCCGCACGCGCCCGCGUUACUCUUUGUACACGCAGGCCUCUACCAGGAGGAAUGCCUGGCCAUUGAUACAGAUGUGCAGCUCAUAGGUUGUGCCCCAGGCAAUGUAGCUGAGUCCGUGGUGUUGGAGCGCGAGGCAGAGUCCACGCUGACGUUUGCGGAGGGCGCCAACCGUGCGUACGCCGGUCACAUGACGCUGAAGUUCUCCCCCGACGCCACCAGUACCAUGCAACACCACAAGCACUACUGCCUGGAAGUAUCCGAUAACUGCUCCCCCACUGUCGACCACUGCAUCAUACGGAGUGCUAGUGUUGUUGGAGCUGCUGUUUGCGUGAGUGGCGCGGGAGCAAAUCCUGUCAUCAAACAUUGUGACAUUAGCGACUGUGAAAAUGUUGGACUAUAUGUUACCGACUAUGCCCAGGGAGCGUAUCAAGACAACGAGAUCUCACGGAAUGCACUCGCUGGUAUAUGGGUCAAGAAUUUUGCCAACCCUAUUAUGCGCCGCAACCACAUACACCAUGGCAGGGAUGUCGGAAUAUUUACGUUUGAAAAUGGCUUGGGUUAUUUUGAAGCGAAUGAUAUCCACAACAAUAGAAUUGCUGGUUUUGAAGUAAAGGCCGGCGCCAACCCCACCGUAGUCCACUGUGAGAUUCACCAUGGACAAACUGGCGGCAUAUACGUACACGAGUCCGGUUUAGGCCAGUUUAUAGAUAACAAAAUACACUCUAAUAACUUUGCCGGAGUAUGGAUCACGUCUAACAGUAACCCUACGAUCAGGCGUAAUGAGAUAUACAACGGACAUCAAGGCGGAGUAUACAUAUUUGGGGAAGGUCGUGGACUAAUCGAGCACAAUAAUAUUUACGGAAAUGCUUUAGCUGGUAUACAGAUACGUACAAACAGUGAUCCCAUAGUCAGACACAAUAAGAUCCAUCACGGACAACAUGGCGGCAUCUACGUUCAUGAAAAGGGACAGGGACUUAUAGAAGAGAAUGAAGUUUAUGCCAACACACUCGCCGGCGUCUGGAUCACGACGGGAUCUACCCCCGUGCUGCGGCGCAACCGUAUACAUUCGGGGAAACAGGUCGGAGUAUACUUCUACGAUAAUGGCCAUGGUAAACUAGAAGACAACGAUAUUUUCAACCACCUGUACUCGGGCGUCCAGAUACGGACCGGCAGUAACCCGGUGAUCCGGGGCAACAAGAUAUGGGGUGGCCAGAACGGCGGAGUUCUCGUCUACAACGGAGGCCUGGGGCUCCUAGAACAAAAUGAGAUCUUCGACAACGCUAUGGCCGGAGUAUGGAUAAAGACUGACUCCAACCCUACGCUCAAAAGAAAUAAGAUAUUCGAUGGGCGAGAUGGGGGAAUUUGUAUUUUUAAUGGGGGAAAGGGUGUUCUCGAAGAGAACGAUAUAUUUCGUAACGCACAGGCGGGCGUACUGAUCUCGACACAAAGUCACCCGGUGCUGCGACGUAACCGCAUCUUUGAUGGGCUGGCGGCCGGCGUCGAAAUUACAAACAACGCCACCGCUACACUGGAACAUAAUCAAAUUUUUAAUAAUCGUUUCGGAGGUCUAUGUCUCGCAUCGGGAGUGUCGCCAUUAGUGCGGGGUAACAAAAUAUUCAGCAACCAAGACGCAGUGGAGAAGGCCGUGGGCGGUGGACAGUGCCUAUACAAAAUCUCAUCUUAUACUUCCUUUCCUAUGCACGAUUUCUAUAGGUGCCAGACCUGCAACACGACGGACCGUAACGCCAUCUGCGUCAAUUGCAUCAAAACGUGCCAUUCCGGACACGACGUAGAAUUUAUUCGCCAUGACAGAUUCUUCUGCGACUGCGGCGCGGGGACCCUGUCGAACCAGUGCCAGUUGCAGGGCGAGCCGACCCAGGACACGGACACGCUGUACGACUCGGCGGCGCCGAUGGAGUCUCACACGUUGAUGGUGAACUAG